CAAUGUCAUCAAAAUAUGACUGACUAAUGUAAAUGAGAAUCUAAAUGUUUUUGUUGUGAUUUUAUCCUAUUUUACUUUAAUUCACAAUCCCAGAAUGUAUUUUACUCUUGGCGGAUAGCAGACGCGCUUUUGAGCAAAAAAAUACAUAUCUAAAAUUUAAAAUGGAUACGCCGUCACUGAGAAAUGUGUGCCCUGCUGGGAGGCAAGCACUAGUGUGUUUUCUUCUAUCAGUUUCCAUAUUUUCCGCCUCAUUCUUCUCCGGCAAUGCGUUGGGCUUCUCUGCAGAGCUCUGGGCAUUGAAAUACUGGGGUCCAGCCCUUUAUUUCUGUUUAUUUAAUUUCAUUUUACGGUAUUGCUUCAAAGGGUUCUUGUAUGAGGUAUCAGUCCGUUCCACCUUUCUCGGCACUAUCUUCGCUACCGGGAUCCACCUGGCGACAUUCGAAGACGGCUGGCGGAUCUUCGGCCGCUACCUCAUGGUCUUCUCGGGGUUCCACUUCUCAGAGUUCAUGACCGUGGCUCUGACGAACCCGCGGACCUUGUCUGUGGAUUCAUUCAUACUGAAUCAUAGCGUGCAGUACUGGAUUGCUGCUGUGGCCAGUUGGAUCGAGUUUGGUGUUGAAUAUUACUUGUGUCCUGGCAUAAAGACGCUGUUCUGGCUGUCGAACAUCGGCGUGUGUGUUUGUGUGUGCGGCGAGUUUCUCCGCAAGCUCGCCAUGUUCACGGCCAGCACAAACUUCAACCACACGGUGCAGUUCAAGAAGAGUCCCGACCACGUACUGGUGACCCGUGGGAUUUAUUCCUUCUUCAGACACCCGAGCUAUGUCGGCUGGUUCUACUGGUCUGUCGGCACCCAGGUUGUGAUGUUGAACCCGGUCUGCGUGGUGUUCUACGCGCUGGUGUCGUGGGUGUUCUUCAGGGAGCGCGUCUUCGCCGAGGAGCUGACCUUGCUGACUUUCUUCGGAAACCAGUACAGGGAGUACCAGAAGAAAGUGCCUACAGGAUUGCCUUUCAUCAAGGGUAAUGUACCUGAAAAUACGGAACAAGAGAUUAAAGUGGAACAUUGGAGUUAUUAAACCAUUUCGUCUGGUCACAAAAUAUUUUUUUGUAAAAUACAUAAAUAUAAAUGGGUUGUAAGUUAUAACGAUGAAUAUGUAAAUUCUAUGCAGGGUGUAAUUUAAAGGCUUUUAGGUACUUAUACUUUUGGUUGUUAUUGUACUGUUAGCCUUUGGGCCACUUUUGAAAAUAAUCUAAUACCAAUGUUGUUUACCAAAUAGUGCUGUGUGGUUCCCAGCACCAAUAGAAAAAAGAAUAGGACCACUCCAUCUCUCUCCCAUGGAUGCCGUAAAAGGCGACUAAGGGGUAGGCUUAUAAACUUGGGAUUCUUCUUUUAGGCGAUGGGCUAGCAACCUGUCACUAUUUGAAUCUCAAUUCUAUCUUAAAACCAAACAGCUAGAACGUGACCUAUCAGUCUUUUCGAGACUGUUGGCUCUGUCUACCCCGCAAGGGAUAUAGACGUGAUUAUAUAUGUGUAUGUAUUACCAAAUAGUCGAGCUGAAAGGUUCGGUAGCUCCUUUUUGUUCCGAUUGGCUGAGGUGUGGAGUGAACUGCCUGCGUCUAUAUUCCCAGACAAGUACUGACUAACAUUCUAUAGUAGAAUAAAUGGGUAGGUAUCUCUCGGAUAGUUAUGUAACAUCUUCAUCAUCAACAUCACUUACCAUAACAUGAGAAUGUAGAAUAGAAUGGAUAUAUUUUCAAAAUUGGAUACAAGGUAUCACUUAUUGACGUCACAUCACUGAAAUCGAAUUAUAACUACUGCCGCUUCCAAAGCGCAUGUGUAGAAGAAGCCGCGGAACAAACUACACUGCAGCUACAGAAAAAAAAGAGCUUUGAAUUUACCGAAGUUCGAAAUCAGUUUUUUAAUAUUUUUUUCUUCCUCUAUACGGUAUUUUGUCUUACUACUCUUUUUAUUUUUAAAGUUAAACGAAAUGAUAGAGGGGGAGGGAAGAUAUGCCUUGUGAAAAUUCGAAAAUAUUGGUCACCUGAUACAUUGUAAAUAAGGUACAAUUUGUUUUGAAAGCCAGCGGG